CCUGGCUUUCCCUUCUUUUGCUGUUGGUGUCUCCUCUCUUCUUUUAACUUAAAGCCCGUAUCGCGCAGAAGACAAGCAGCGAGACAGCCAUAAGAUUCCAUCUUUUUCUUUCAUUAGUGAAAAAUGCGAUUUAUUUUGCGAUUUUGACCACAGCUUCGAGCACUGCGAGUUAAAAAUCAUUUCCAUAUAAUCUUCUCCGUGCUCUGUCCCUACUCGCCGUUCUGUGAUCAGAGGAAGCCCACCAAACAACCACACAAACUCACACCGGCGUACCUUUGCUCUAGAGUCUAAAGUCUAAGCCGAGGCUGAGAUUUUUGGAUCUACAAAGUUUUGUUGUGAUGGAUAAAAGCUGUCCAUCCUCUGCUGAAUCUUCUCGUAAUGCUACUUUUACUACGGCCAUAGGCAGCAGCGGUAACGCAAACUCCACCGGCAAUAAUAGCAGAGAUCAAUAUCUCAGGCAACUUAACAAGUUUUCUCACAAGAUUUCCAAGCCCAUCGGUGCUAAAAAGCCCACCUUCGAUUCUUCCCAAAAUCAACAACAAAACCAUAGCUUCAGCCACAAUCCGUCACAGCAGCAGCCUCCGCCUCCGCCUCCGCCGCCGCAGCCGCAACAGGGUUUGCAGAAUCAGCCCCCCGUGUACAACAUCAACAAGAACGAUUUCAGAGAUGUGGUUCAGAAGCUCACGGGUUCGCCUGCUCACGAGCGCAUGUCUACUCCCCCACCUAUUCAGCAGCCCAAACCCCCAAGUUCUCGCCUGCAGCGGAUUCGCCCUCCUCCCCUCGCGCAGAUUAGCAAUCGCCCGCCCCCGUUGCUAAACAGCGCUGUACCCCCUCCUCAACCACCCACUGUGAACCCUCACUCGGCAAUCCCCAACAACGCCGUCAACGCGUUUCCCGUCAACAAUUUCUCAGGCUUUGGAAGACCCCUCGCGCCGUUAUCUCCUCUUCCACCGUUUCCAACCGUCCACGCAGCCGCUGAGUCUCCUGUCUCUGCAUACAUGCGCUAUCUGCAGAAUUCAGUGUCCAACGUCGAUUCUAAUUCCAAGCAGUUCUCGGGAUUCUCGCCCUUAGCUCCUCUGGUCUCGCCUCGCUGGAACAACUUUACUCCGCAACAGCCUCAGCCGGAACCACGAUCGCAGCCUCAGCACAUUGCUUCUUCGCAAACAACAGCAGGGGCACAAUCGCAGUCGCAGUUUCAGACGCCGUCGUCUCCGGUCCCUUUUGGAUGCUUGAACUCCCCGAGAUCGCCCUACCCCCUGCUUUCCCCAACUCUUCUGUUUUCGCCAUCGUCGGGUCAACUAGGGUUUCCCCAGUUUCCCCUUUCGCCUACAGUACCUCUUCCAAGCCCUACAUGGAGAGGCCUCUGAACGAGCACUUCGUGAGCUAAGGGCAAGACUGGUCAGAAAAAUAUUACUGGUUAGGGUUUAGAAUAUGUUUUUUUGUGGCUCUUGUACAUGGCUUUUAGGCACAGGGAAUGGGGUUUAUUCAUUUUCUAGUGGUGGGACUGGAAGUGGAACUAGCCCACCAUUGCAUACUUUAGUCUGUAAAUGGGGCGUCUAAGGCAUUCUAAAAGAAAAAUCUUUGUUAUGUUUAUGCAUUUUUGGGAUUUUGGUUUUUUUUGGGGGGGGGGGGGGGGUUUACAAGCCAUACAAAUACGGUGGAAAGUUGAUGCAUUACGAUUUCAAUAUAUGAUAAUGUUGGUCUGAAA